CCUCCUCCCGCUGUCCCGUCGCGUUGACGUCACGACGUCCCUGAUCGGUCCAAGAUGGCGGCGCUUUGGCUCCUCUCUCCCCUUCCGCCUGGGUUGUGCGCGCUAUAAGCGGGGAGGGAGGAGGGGCAGCUGAGGCCAUGGAGGGCUCCUUUGUACAGCACAGCGUGCGUGUUCUGCAGGAACUCAACAAGCAACGGGAGAGCGGGCAAUACUGUGAUGCCACCCUGGCAGUGGGCAGCUUGGUGUUCAAGGCACAUUGGAGUGUCCUGGCGUGCUGCAGCUCCUUCUUCCAGAGCAUGUAUGAUGGAGCCUCCAGUAGCAUCAUCCUGCCAGAGACCUUUGUGGAGAUCUUCACACUCCUUCUCGACUUCUUCUAUACAGGGCACUUGGCAGUCACCUCGGAGAACUGGGAGAAGCUUCUUGAGGCUGCCAAGGAGCUCUGCAUCCCAGAGGCAGUCCGGCUGUGCCAGGAAUUCAAGCCUGGGCGCUUGGAUAGUGGCGAUCGGAAUGGUCCACUUUUGCCUGAGAAGAACCUUCACGAUCACUCCAAAGAUAUGCAAGGCGAGCCGGCCCUUGGCGCUGUGUCCCACGGUGACUCAGUCCAAGAAGCCAGCUCGAUCCCCUGCCUCUGGGGGAGCAAAGUGGCCCAGGGCCAAAGAGAGAGCCCCUGUCUCCUUCUGGGAAGGUUGAAAAGGGCUCCCAAAACAAUUGCCCUGAGCAAUGCAGGUGAAGUAAAGAGCACCCCGGAAUGUAAGGAACUAAAAAGGCCACUGAAAAGAGGAGCCACCGAGGAUGCGGGCGCCAGUAAUGAGUGGGAAAUGCAGGAGGUUCUGGGGUCAAAUGACCUCGCCGCUGAAGACGAUGGAGGAGGAAACAAGGAAAAAGAUGAGGAUUAUGUUCCUGGGAAGGAGAAGAGUCUGAGGACCAAAAGGAGAGCUCAUUUGCCCAGGAAGGCCAGCAGUUCUAAGGUGGCCAGGAGCAGCAGCCUGCUGGGAGUUGGGGUGCUCGGAAACCGCAGAGGUACAACUGAGACUGUCGAAUGCCCCACCUGCCACAAGUCAUUUCUCAGCAAAUAUUAUCUCAAAGUACACAACAGGAAACACACUGGAGAGAAGCCCUUUGAAUGUUCCAAAUGUGGGAAAUGCUAUUUCCGGAAGGAAAACCUACUGGAGCAUGAAGCUAGGAACUGCAUGAACCGCUCUGAGCAGGUUUUCACCUGUUCUGUCUGUCACGAGAUGUUUAAGAGGCGGAUGGAGCUCCGGGUGCACAUGGUGUCCCACACGGGAGAGAUGCCCUAUAAGUGUUCUUCCUGCAUCCAGCAGUUCAUGCAGAAGAAAGACCUGCAGAGCCACUUGAUCAAGAUGCACGGAGCCCCCAAGCCACAUGCGUGCCCUGCGUGCUCCAAGUGCUUCCUGUCUCGGACAGAGCUGCACCUCCACGAGGCAUUCAAGCACCGCGGGGAGAAGCUGUUUGUCUGUGAGGAGUGUGGCCACAGGGCCUCCAGUCGCAACGGUUUGCAGAUGCACAUUAAAUCCAAGCACAGGAACGAGCGCCCCUUCGUGUGCGAGUUCUGCCAGCAUGCCUUCACCCAGAAAGCCAACCUCAACAUGCACCUUCGGACCCACACCGGAGAGAAGCCCUUCCAGUGCCACCUCUGCGGCAAAACAUUCCGCACCCAAGCGAGUCUGGACAAGCACAACCGGACCCACACUGGAGAGCGCCCGUUCAGCUGUGAGUUUUGCGACCAAAAGUUUACCGAGAGAGGCCCGCUGCUGCGACACAUCGCCAGCCGGCACCAGGAAGGAAGGCCCCACUUCUGCCAGAUCUGCGGGAAAACUUUCAAAGCUGUGGAGCAGCUGCGUGUCCACGUUCGCCGGCACAAAGGAGUGAGGAAGUUUGAAUGCACAGAAUGUGGCUACAAAUUCACACGACAGGCCCAUUUGAGGCGACACAUGGAGAUCCACGACCGGGUCGAGAACUACAACCCCCGGCAGAGGAAGCUGCGCAAUCUGAUCAUUGAGGACGAGAAGGCCGUCGUGGUCGCCCUGCAGCCCCCCCACGCCCUGGAGGUGGGCGCUGCAGAAGUCACUGUGGAGUCCCUUGCCCACGGCUCCCACGGCGAGGAGCUCCCUGUACAGAGACUCUCUCCAAAUGAGAACUUUGCCCCCACGGAUGUCAUUGAACAGUCGCUCAUUAUUACGAUCCCAGAUGACUGUGAAACGUAGCGUUGUGUCCCUGUAAAGCCCCUUCCAAUAAAGCUUGGGUGAUCUUUC